CAGGGUAACGAAUCUUCACUGCCUAUGGAACUAUGUUCAACAUUUGACAUAGAAGAAAUUAAAAGGCUGGGGAAAAGAUUUAAGAAGUUGGACAUUGACAAAUCAGGCUCACUGAGUGUUGAGGAGUUUAUGUCAUUGCCAGAGCUACAACAGAACCCAUUAGUUCAACGUGUCAUUGAUAUCUUUGAUACAGAUGGCAAUGGGGAAGUUGACUUCAAAGAAUUCAUAGAAGGAAUUUCUCAAUUUAGUGUAAAAGGAGACAAAGAUGCCAAGCUACAAUUUGCGUUCAAAAUCUACGACAUAGACAGAGAUGGUUUCAUAUCAAAUGGCGAAUUAUUCCAGGUCCUGAAGAUGAUGGUUGGCAGUAACCUGAAGGAUGGACAACUACAACAAAUUGUUGACAAGACGAUAAUCUAUUCAGAUAAGGAUGGUGACGGAAAGAUAUCUUAUGACGAGUUUUGCGCUAUGGUUGGUGGACUUGAGGUCCAUAAGAAAAUGGUUGUAGACGUCUAG